AUGGUUCGCACUUCCGUCCUCCACGAUGCUCUCAACAACAUCAACAACGCCGAGAAGACCGGCAAGCGCCAGGUUCUGAUCCGACCUUCCUCCAAGGUCAUCAUCAAGUUCCUCCAGGUCAUGCAGCGCCACGGCUACAUCGGGGAGUUUGAAGAGGUGGACGAUCAUCGCUCUGGCAAGAUCAUCGUUCAGCUCAACGGCCGUCUCAACAAGACCGGUGUCAUCUCUCCCCGCUACAACGUCCGUCUCUCUGACCUCGAGAAGUGGGUUGUCAAGCUGCUCCCCGCCCGUCAGUUUGGUUACGUCGUCCUGACCACCUCCGCCGGUAUCAUGGACCACGAGGAGGCCCGUCGCAAGCACGUUGCUGGCAAGAUCAUUGGAUUCUUCUACUAG